UUGAAGCUCAACAAUCGCCGAUAUAUGAAAUUCUUGUUGUAGUAUUAUUUAUACAUGCAAUGGUACACGUAUGCACAGUUGCUAUUAUAAAUGGAUUGAUUUUUACUUUGGUGCUACACGUAAGCGGACAAAUUGAUAUAGUAUGUCAAGAGAUCAAAAAUUUUUCCAAUAAUAUCUUUCUUCAUGGAUCUUCAGUAUCUUCAUUUGGAAUGCUGAUCGAAAGACAUAAUAAAAUUAUUUUGUUUUCUGAUAACAUCGAAAAGCUUGUCUCCUUUAUUGCAUUGAUGCAAGUUGUUUUGAAUACUUUAGUUAUUUGUUGUCUAGGAUUUAUUGUCAUAAUUUCUAUCCAUAAUGAAAAUGCUGUUGAAAAUUUGGUUUUCGUGUUAGUAAAAACCGGUUUUACUUACUUUGUUAUAAUAAUGGAACCCUUUGUCGUUUGCUUUGCCGGAGAAUAUCUUAGCCUUAAGGGCAAGUUAAUUGCAAAUGUAACAUAUGAAACUCUUUGGUAUGAUAUGCCAACAAAUUCGGGUAAAAUUAUAAUGUUUAUGAUAAUGAGAUCUCAGAAGCGACUGACAAUCACGGCAGGGAAAAUGAUGGAUAUGUCAUUUGAAACUUUUACAAGCAUUAUGAAGGCGUCAGCGUCUUAUGUAUCCGUUUUAAAUGCUAUGUACUGA